CUUUUAACACCAGAGAACGCUCAGCUCUCUCUACUUAUAAAAGUGACAAGCAAAUCUUCUGAAGACUUGAAUUACAAUUGAAGAGAACCUACUGGAAGAGUCAUCAUGACGCUCUUACGCAUAUGUCUUCUUAUCGCAUCAGCUAUUUCCUGCGCCACUUCCUCAAAAGUUCUCAUGGUUCUUCCACUCGGUUCUGCAUCUCACAAGAACAUCUUCACACCCAUCGCCCAGAAAUUAGGCGAAAAGGGGCAUGAUGUGACCGUCGUCUCUAUGUAUUCUUCCAAUUUCAAGGGAUCAACAGCACCAGCGUACAACGAUAUUGUGGCAGAAACUGCUCGUCAGCAAAUGAUCAACUCCACCGGUGAAUUUAAUGUUUUCCAAAUGUACAAAGAGUCGGAAAAUAUUAAUUCUCAAGUAAUGAAAAAAGUUAUCAAAAACAUUCAUGUGUAUUGCGAAGCCUUCCUGAAAGAUCCUGCGGUUCAAAGUGCUUGGAUGAACAAACCAGACCUCAUCAUGCUGCCUGCUUUCAUGAACGAGUGUGGAUUGGCUUUUGUGCAUAAAUUUCAAGUUCCGUUCAUUUACGUGACGACAUCCGGGUUGACUCCUUGGACAGCCGACAUCAUGGGUAACCCAGAAAAUCCAGCAUUUGUUCCAAAUCAGUACCUCCCGUACACGGAUGAGAUGAGUCUCUGGCAGCGAGUGAUCAACUCCGUGUUUAGAAUUGUCUCACCAAUCGCAAGAAGACAUUUGGUGCUCAACCGUUUGGAAAAAGUGGUGAAAGAGUUUCUGAAAGAUGAACAUUUUUCGCUUGAAGAAGUGGAACGCAAUGCAUCUGUCGUACUAGUUAACUCCCAUCACUCAUUAGGUUUUCCUCGGCCCAUGACUCCUAACGUGAUUGAAGUUGGUGGUAUGCACUGUCGUCCUUCCAAAGACUUGCAAACAAUUGACCCUGAACUAAGCCAUUUUCUUGAUGUUACUGGAGAGAAAAACGCAAUACUUUUUAGUCUUGGUUCUCAUAUUAAAAGCUCUUCAAUGCCAGAAGAUGUGCUCUCAAUGUUUGUCAACGUUUUCAAUCGUCUGCCUUACGGCGAACGACCUUCUAAUCUGUCCUCUAACGUCAUUACACGGCCUUGGCUCCCCCAACAAGAUGUUCUAGGCCACCCAGCCAUUGGAGCGUUUUUCACCCACGGAGGACUUCUUUCUCUACAAGAAACAGCUUACCAUGGCGUACCCAUAGUGGCUCUUCCGCUAAUGAGCGAUCAAACGCUUAACGCCAAACAGGCCGAGUCCAUUGGUAUGGCAACUGUUCUGGAACUAAAAACAUUAUCGGAGCAGAACAUCGAAGACGCAAUCUUGCGGGUGAUGAACAAUCCCUCGUAUGGGAAGGAAGCAAGACGUCGCUCGGUCAUCAUGAAGGAUCAAGAAACCCACCCUCUGGACCGCGCCGUCUAUUGGACGGAGUACGUCAUGAGACAUCAGGGGGCAGCGCACUUGAAGUCGAAAGCAGCCAACCUCUCAAUAGUUCAAUACUUCCUAAUCGAUGUCGGCUUUGUUUUGUUGGUAAUUGCCCUCUCUACGAUAUUUAUUAUAUAUGUAACAUCAAAACUUAUUUUAAAAUGGAUCAAAAAUUUCGUUAAAGGUUUUGUCCUGAGAUUCAUGCACAAUGUCGCCGUUCAUCAAUCGAAGUAAUCAAAAUGUUCUAAUUGUUAAGUUGAUUUGUUGAAUCUCAGCGUAUCGUCUAAGGAAAUUUGUUCAAAUGUAGUGCGUAGUACUUUACUUGUUAUUUCCUACUUUUUCACGAAUUUUAAUCAUUAAAAGAAAUUAAUCUAA